AUGGAUGAUGACGCAUGUUUAGAACUUUUGAGAAAGCAAUGCCCUGAACAGGAAGACGAAUUUUUGGGAAAACUCGCAAAACUUUGUGGCAAAAUAGCUCUUGCCAUGUGCAUCGCAGGUUCCCGAGUUGACGACUUUGAAAAUCCUGAUGAAUUAUUACAGCACCUACAAGAGCAACCAAUGAAUACUUUGCAAUGUCCUGAGAGUGAUCAGUACAUCUUUCGCGCCAUCAACAUGUCUUAUGAAAAGUGUUCUAGUGAAGAACAAGAAACGUUUGUCCGUUUGGCAGUUUUCGAGGGGAACUUCAGCGCGGAUGCCGCCAGAGUCGUGACCGAGAAAAAGAAUUUAGAGACAACAAACAUGUUAAAGAAACUUGUUCGCCACAGCUUGAUCAAACAACCAAUCAAACACCGAUAUUCCAUUCAUCUCUUGAUCAAACAUUUUUUAAAGCAUCAACAAGAAAGCGAGAGCGAAACAGCACGUGAACAAAUGAUGCGUGCGGAAUGGCUGAUGGUUAAAUACUACUUGAAGUUGGGGCACGACCUAACUAUGAAAAGUUACGGCAAAGACAAAUACAAAGCAAACAGAAAAGCUUUAAAGCAGGAAGCGCACAACAUCCAGAACGUGCUCAAAAUUUGUUGUCAGCAGAAAGACCCAACAACCUCCGACAUCUCUGACUGCCUUGCACACAGUAAAGUUUACACCACCUCAGCCAGAUUCUUUUCCCUCUUCGUUAGAACCAUCCUUGGGUCUAUAGUCGACGAGUUUCUACAACGAUGCGCAAACCUGGCCGAGGAGAGGGAGGAGCAUGCUAUCAAAUUGAAUUUUGACUGUUUGUUAGUAGACCAACAACGCAACGAAUCAAUCGGUGAAUCUGACGAGCAUUUUAAUACCAAAAUGGAAGAAAUAAAGAAAGACUUCGAAACGCACUACGAAGAUUUAGAAGAGAACAAGUCAUUUUGUGCUCAUUACUAUUACCAGUACGGGAGAUACCUAUCGCGUAAAUCUGAACACCAUAAGGGCGAAGAAAGUGAAGAGCGCUUAGAGUUGCAGAUUCAAGCACGUAAACAGCUGGAAAAAUCGUUCAACUUAAGGAAAACAUUAACUGACUCAUCCGUAGAAAUGGCAGAUCAGGUUUUCUCAUUAUUGCAACUGGGACAUGAAUGCAAAUCUAUUUCUACAACCGAAUACUAUCUCGGUAAAAAAGACGAAUCGAAAAAAUCGAUGGAAAAUACGAAAGAAUAUUACCGAGAAGCUAUACGAUUGUCCAAAAACGAUCUGGGUGAGCACGAGCUUACAUCAUCGUGUUACAAAAGUCUUGGAGAUCUAUUCUUAACAAUCAAAGAUCCUAAAGAAGCCGAGAAAUGGUACACCACUGCCAAAGAAAUGCGGGAAAAUCUUGAACUUGACGCCAGUGAAAGACACGUUUUUGUACUUAACAACCUUGGGAAAUGUUUGACGAAAAGCAACCGUGCAAAAAAAGCUACUGAAGUUUUGGAAAGUGCUCGCGACAUGGCCGAAAAACUUGCUGGAAGCGACGAGCCAAAUAAAUGCAAAGCAAAGGUCUAUACAACGUUGGCCAUUGCUUACCAUUCAAUACGAAGCCAAAGGUAUUCCGAAAAUGCCGUAAACUACGCCAAAAAAGCAUUGGAGUUCGGUGGAUUAGACGAAGUCAUUAAAAAAAAAGAAAAGGAGAAACUUCAGGAAAUUUUAUCAAGCAACCUUACGAACAACUGA